AUGGCACAGCCGGAAGAGAAAAAUGCCCGGUCGGCCGCUUACCGGACACAGAAGCUAUCUGAGGCAAUAUACGAACAGAAGGAAGUGGUCACUGAGUUGCACAAAAUUCCUGAGACUGAAACCACUGAGUCCGUGAGAACGUCACAGCUGGUCGCUCACAUUCGGUCCGAACUGUCUCAAUUUGGCAAUCCCGCCAUCGGGCUCGCUCAAUUUGAUACAGAAGAGUCGGUGGAUCAAUUGGAUAUACCUGGGAUUGCUUCACGUGUACAAGUUGCUGCUCCUCGUCUGUGGGCAUUACUUGUCAGUAUUAUGGCACAGCAGCAUCCUAGCGCUCGCGAUACAUCCAAGGAUUUUCAAGGCAGCGUAUUCAUGAUCUGUGUCAUCUUGGCAUCGGCCUUUGCUCCUCGAACGUGCAACAAGUUUCCAGUGUUGCUCGGCCUGCAUUUACAUUCCAUGGGGGUGAAACGCCGUACUAUUAAUCUCCUCUAUGGCUUGGGCGUUAUUGCAAACUAUAUGACCAUUAUGCGCCGCCGUGACGAACUUGUCAAGUUAGGAAAGGUUGCACAAUAA